CGCUGAAGAGACGCGUCGGGACGCCUGCCGUGUAACCGUCGUCGCGUGUCGCGCUCUGAAAAACGACGCCGCGAAAUAUGCGGCGUCGUGCGGCAAUUUACCGGUUUCGAGCUUUUCAUCGCUCGCAUCAUCAGUGUUUUGGACUCGAAAACGUAGAGAUAAGGUGUGGGAAAUACCGGAGAUUUAAAUUGGAUUUCAAAAAAUAUAUAAAGGCAGCGUUGCCACUGUUCGUGUUUUUUCUGCUUACCGGCGAAUGCGGUGGUGCCAUAGCAGGCGCUCAGGAAUCUCUGUCUCCUUGUCCGGUGUUUGGAGAAGAUAGAUGUCGUUGCACUCCAGAUUUGCACGAGUUUCAAUGCAGAGGAGCCGGGUUCACUACCAUUCCAGAUUUGCCAUACUCCAUUACUAAACUGGAUUUAACCAGCAACAACAUCACUUCGUUAAAUGAAACAUCUUUGUUCCAUUUCCUUAGUCUUGAUGAAUUGACUUUAACAGAUAACAAGCUGGAGAAAAUUCAUUCCAAAUCUUUUGCCAAAAAUAUUCAACUGAAAAGACUGAUUUUGCAGAAUUGUGGUUUGAAACAAAUUCCGUCUGAAGCCCUCAAACCUCUAGUCAAAUUACAAACUCUACAAGUUGGCAACAACGCUAUCACAGACGUGGCGGAGGACACGUUCUUGGCUACGCCCAAUCUGCGCAGCCUGAGAUUGGACGGCAACGAACUGCGCAGAGUGCCUACUAAGGCUUUAGCGACGUUGCCGCACUUGGAAGUCCUAAAUUUAGGUAAUAACCAAAUACCUAGGAUAACCAUUGGAGCAUUUCCUUCAUUGAACAGCCUACUAGUUUUAUUAUUGAAGAGAAACAAGAUUGUGGAUAUAGAUGAUCUGGCUUUCGUCAAUCUGACGUCAUUGAGAAUUUUAGAGUUAGAUAACAACUUCCUGACACAAAUUCCUUUGGCCAUUACCAAACUUCCAGAUCUACAAGAAUUGUCUAUAUCAGGGAACCGCAUUAAGUACAUCACAGGAGGGCUGCUGCAACAAACCCCCGCCCUAGCUCUUCUGGAACUGAAGGGAAACCCUCUAGUAGCCGUGGAUUCGCAUGCUUUCUCUCAUCUGCCCCGUCUACGAAAGCUGAUAUUGUCGGACGCCAGGGAACUGUCCACGUUUCCUAACCUCAACGGCACCGGGGCGUUGGAAGUGCUCAGACUAGACAGGGCGGGACUCAGGGCUGUUCCGUCCUCCCUAUGUACGUUCUGCCCCAAAUUGAAGAGCUUAGACGUGAAAUCGAAUAAACUGACGGCUGUACCUGAUAUCAACAACUGCCGUGAAAUGAGGGUAUUAGAUUUAGCAAGCAAUUCGAUCGGAUCCAUAGAGAACAAGCCCUUUCGGGGUAUGUAUCAGAUGCAUGAUCUUCUUCUGGCUCACAACAGGAUUCAGUACAUUCCCUACGAUGCUUUUUAUAACUUGUCGAAACUACAAGUCUUGGACUUAGAAAGUAAUGAGAUAUCAUUCAUACACCCGGAUGCAUUUCUAUCCAUCUCAAGAAUAGAAGAUCUUAAUCUUGGAAACAACGUAUUCCCACAUCUGCCAUCAGCAGGCCUGGAACGCCUGCUCCACUUGAAAACCUUCAACAACCCCAAUCUAAGAGAGUUUCCACCUCCAGAAGACUUCCCUCGCAUCCAGAGUCUAGUUUUGGCCUACGCCUAUCACUGUUGCGCAUUUUUACCUUUGGUUCCCUCAAAUCCUCCACCAAAGGCAAAGGAUCUGAUUGUGUUUCCAGAUAUUGAGGACAUCGAUCUGAACAUAUGGAAUAAUUCGGUUGAUUUGUGGCCUUCGCAACAGAACAUAACCAAGAGCUUCGGCAGUAAAUUCGAGGCUAUCUGGGAGAACAUCAGGUCCGAUUUUACUUAUCCUGGAAAUUUCCCGUCUUACAUGGAGGAGUAUUUGUCCGAGGAGGAUAUUCCAGUACGGUAUCCAGGCGACAGUGUCCUCACUGGAUCUCCUGGAAAGAUCCAAUGCCUGCCACUGCCAGGCCCUUUCCUGCCAUGUCAGGAUCUAUUCGAUUGGUGGACAUUGAGAUGCGGUGUUUGGAUAGUGUUCUUAUGUGCAUUACUUGGCAAUGGCACUGUAGUGUUUGUUCUAAUCUUCUCCAGAGGUAAAAUGGACGUGCCCAGGUUUCUGGUUUGUAAUCUGGCAGCUGCGGACUUUUUUAUGGGUAUCUAUUUAGGUUUCCUAGCUGUGGUAGAUGCCUCAACCCUCGGCGAAUUCCGCAUGUACGCCAUACCAUGGCAAAUGUCACCCGGCUGUCAACUAGCGGGCUUCCUAGGCGUGCUCAGUUCAGAACUGUCAGUCUACACCCUAGCUGUCAUCACCCUGGAGCGAAAUUACGCCAUAACUCACGCCAUGCACCUCAACAAACGACUUUCUUUAAAACACGCCGGUUACAUCAUGAUUUGUGGCUGGAGCUUUGCCAUACUCAUGGCCCUACUGCCUUUAUUUAGCGUCUCUGACUAUAGAAAAUUUGCCGUUUGUCUUCCAUUUGAAGUAAAAGAUGCGAUAAGCCUGACUUACGUUGUUUUUCUCAUGCUUAUCAAUGGAGUAGCGUUUCUAAUUUUGAUGGGAUGCUACUUAAAAAUGUACUGCGCUAUCCGCGGAUCUCAGGCUUGGAACUCAAAUGACUCGCGCAUAGCUAAGAGAAUGGCGCUGUUAGUCUUCACAGAUUUCCUUUGUUGGUCUCCAAUAGCCUUCUUUGCGCUGACCGCAGCUUUCGGGCUGCAGUUAAUCAGUUUAGAACAAGCAAAAGUUUUUACUGUGUUCGUAUUGCCUCUGAAUUCAUGUUGUAAUCCGUUUUUGUAUGCCAUCCUUACUAAGCAGUUUAAAAAAGAUUGUGUAAUGAUAUGUAAGGCUAUUGAGGAGAGUAGAGUGACUAGAGGUAUUGGGAGAUGCAGACAUAGUUCGAAUUUCAGCAACAGGCAGACUCCAGCAAAUACAAAUAGUCUAGCAGACAGAUCUUCAAGAGAAAAUCAGAACCACCACGUACCCACAUGCACGUGCAAUGUCAAAUUGCUCAGCGAUCCAUUGGCGAGCAAGUCUCAGCCAAGACCAGAAAGGAACAACAGAGUAAAAGAAUGGAUCGCCAGUAAGGCAAGGUGGUUGUGUGUUAGAAGGCCGCAAAGGCAUAGGAGAGCACCAAAUGAUACUUAUACGUAUCAGAUAGCGGAGAUUCAACAGAAGCAGCACAAGAGGGCUUCUUCAGUGUCAUCCAGCGAGAACUUCAGUUCUUCUAGAUCUGAUUCCUGGCGUCACAACCACCACUGCGGCAUCCCCCUGCGUCUGCUCGACCCGAAACGCCGAGCCUCCUCCUGGAUCGUGACCAGGAAGACCUCGCAGGACUCUAACCUAUCCAAUUCGAGGAACGACUCCUCCGGCUCGGCCACCACGGCCAGCACCAGCACGUGGAGGAUGUCCAGGUCGAGCGGGUCCAGCGAGCCGCCCAGGAUCAGAGUCAAGCCGAGGCUGAUCAGGCAGUACGCGUUCCAGGAUGAUAUCGAUCCGCCUGGGUCUCCUGGAAGACUGACGGUAAGGUUCCUGACAACCAUCCCGUCCGCAGCAGAAAACAGCAUGCAGCUAGAAGAGGAACAACCCUCCAACAAUGCUGUCAGCCCAGUCAAAGAACCGGAAGGUCCGGUGUUCGCCAUCUUACACACCACGCUUCCUCCGGGCACGCCUGUGAGACGUCAGUCCAUCAUCACACUCCAUCCAACAUCUGACGUCAUCAGUAAUAACAAUAACAACACUGAUGUUAAUAACGUCAAUAUUAGUAGUAAUAGCAACGGGCUUAGUAGUAGUAUUAAUAGUAGUUUGGCUGCAGGGUGUUCAUAUACUAGUCAGAAUGUGGAGGAGGUUCAAGUCAAAUGUGAAGCAGGUCCAUCCAGAUGACAGUAGAGGAAUUUUUGAAGGCUGAUGAAUGAAAAAAAGAAGAGUGGGGAUGUAGAAUAUGUAUAUUUUUUAUUUUAUUUAUUUAUUAAGGGAAUUGUAGGAGACCAAAUAUCUCUAGUGUCGCUUCAUUUCAAAUUUACCGGCACCUUUGGGAUUUUAAAUGUAACUAAUGUGACAACCAGAAUAUUAUAACAUUUUCGAUAUACUAUUUUAUUUCCUCAUAUUAUCUUUUUCCAUAUCUCUCUAGUAGUUUUAGAGAUCAAAACUAAAAUAUGUACGAUAUUCGCAAAACAUGAUAUUGAAUAUACAAACGAUAUAUCUUCAUGUCUAAAUUCAUCCACUGGAAAUCAUAAAAGUGAUAAAAAAUAUGUUUUUUCAAACGUAACAAAAGUAUUAAUUAUUUUUGUGACGUGAUUAACAAUAUAAAAAAGUAAUUUUAGCGCCUAGGCAUAAAGCACUUUUACGCCUAAGCACAAAAGUACGAAAAUAUAUUGCCUAUUAAACUGGCAUAAAAUGUCAAAUUCAACUAGUUAACCCAUGGUACAAAGAAAACAAGGUAUGAUCGAGAGCGGCUCCAAUUUCGUUAAGUUUGCGCAUACC